AUGGCGAACAGUCUCGAGCAGCUGGCGAAUGAGAUCCAGGGCGGCGUGGACCUCAUCGCCGCUGGGCCGCAUGAGCGGGACCUGACAAAUUUGAGUGAAACGGAGCUCCAGGAGCUGGCAAACCACCCAACGGCACAGUCUUUCACCCUGCCCCAGUACCUGGAGGAGAGAAUCAUCAAGCUGCGCAAGACUUUAGGGAACAUGCGGGACUCGGGCAAACCGCCCCCCGCGGAGAAGUACGCCUGCCUCGACGGGCUGAGGGCCAAACUGAAGCUGGCACAGAUGCGGCAGCACGGGAAAUCCUUUCUUGACAACUCACUCAAAGCUGUGAAGGCAAACCAGGAGGUGCUGGCAGAGGAGGAGGAGUUGCAGCGCGCGGUUGGUGCGGCCCCGGGCGUUCAGGCUGCUGCCCGGCGCGUGACGCCGAACUCCAUGCGGCAGCAGCCUCCCCAGAACGGCCCGCAAUGCAACGGAAAUCGCCAGCUUCAGGCGGGGCUGGCGAAGCAGCAGCAGCAGCAGCAGCAGCAGCAGCAGCACCAGCAGCAGCAGCAGCACCAGCAGCAGCAGCAGCACCAGCAGCAGCAGCAGCAAAAGUGGCAGCAGCGACAGCAGCCGUUCCAGCCAAUACAGUCAGCGCAGCAGAACAGGCUUGGGUCGCUGUCGCUGACGCGGUCGCAGCCACGGCAGCAGCAGCAGUACGAGCAGCAGCGUCAGCCGCCCGUGGCCCCAGGCAACUUCAGAACGCAGCUGCAGCCCCCGCUGCUCUCGCGCCCAGGCCAGCCAAGCAUGCACCCAGCGCCCAUCAAAGGAGCGGCUUCCAAGGGCGUUGAGGGCUUCCUCAAUAUUUCGGUCGGGCGCUGCCACAUAUGCCGAGAUGAGUUUCACAGCCACAAGCUGCAGGGCGCGGAGGGCGGCCCCAAGAUCUGCGCGGGGUGCUUGGCCAACCAGAACAACGAGAUGGAGGCGGUCAAGCGGCAGGCGCGGGCCGGCGGCCCCGCGCGCGCGAGGGGCAGGGGCGCGGCGGGCGGGCAGGCGGCGGGCGCUGCGGCGAGGGGCGCGGGAGCUCACGGCAACCAGGGGCACAAGGACGCGCCCAUUGUUCUCGAGGACAGCGACGAGGGCGAAGACGACGGCGCGCGCCACCCCGCGCCCCCGCGCACCGCCGCCGCGGCCGCUGCGGCCGCAGCCAAGGCAGCGCGGCACGCAGCCAACGCGGUCCUGCAGCCGAGCCAGCGCUUCCCGGUGCGCUCGCCCGCGCCCCCGCCAGCGCCUUUGCCCCCGAGCUGCUAG